AUGGCUCAAAGGGCCUUCCCGAAUCCUUAUGCCGAUUUUAACAAAUCCCUGGCCGAAGGCUACUUUGAUUCUGCCGGGAGGCUAACUCCCGAGUUCUCACAACGCUUGAACAAUAAGAUUCGAGAGCUUCUUCAGCAAAUGGAGAGAGGCCUAAAGUCAGCAGACCCUCGGGAUAGCACUGUUUACACUGGCUGGACAGGUAUCUCUGUGCUUUACUUACAUCUCUAUGAUGUGUUCGGGGACCCUGCUUACCUACAGAUGGCACACGGCUACGUAAAGCAAGGUCUGAACAGUUUGACCAAGCGUUCCAUCACCUUCCUGUGCGGGGACGCGGGCCCCCUGGCGGUGGGCGCUGUGGUGUAUCACAAGAUGAACAAUGAGAAGCAGGCGGAAGACUGCAUCACCCGGCUAAUUCAUCUAAAUAAGAUUGAUCCCCAUGCUCCAAAUGAAAUUCUCUAUGGACGAAUGGGCUACAUUUACGCUCUUCUCUUUGUGAAUAAGAACUUUGGAGUGGAAAAGAUUCCUCAAAGCCAUAUUCAGCAGGUUUGUGAAACAAUCUUAACCUCUGGGGAAAACCUAGCUAAAAAGAGAAACUUCACAGCAAAGACUCCACUGAUGUAUGAAUGGUACCAAGAAUAUUAUGUGGGGGCUGCUCAUGGCCUGGCAGGAAUUUAUUACUACCUGCUGCAGCCCAGCCUUCAGGUGAGCCAUAUGAAGUUACAUGGUUUGGUCAAGCCCAGUGUAGACUAUGUCUGCCAGCUGAAAUUUCCUUCUGGCAAUUACCCUCCUUGUGUGGAUGAUAAUCGAGAUCUGCUAGUCCAUUGGUGUCAUGGUUCACCUGGAGUAAUCUACAUGCUCAUCCAGGCCUAUAAGGUGUUCAGAGAGGAACACUACCUCAGUGAUGCGUACCAGUGUGCUGACAUGAUCUGGCAGUAUGGGUUGUUGAAGAAGGGGUACGGGCUGUGCCACGGCACCGCCGGGAACGCCUACGCCUUCCUGACACUGUACAACCUCACACAGGACGUGAAGUACCUGUAUAGGGCCUGUAAGUUUGCUGAGUGGUGCUUAGAUUACGGAGAACACGGAUGCAGAACACCGGACACUCCCUUCUCCCUCUUUGAAGGAAUGGCUGGAACAAUCUAUUUCCUGGCUGACCUUCUAGUGCCCACAAAAGCCAGGUUCCCUGCGUUUGAAUUGUAA